AUGGCCGAAUCCAAGAACCUCCCUUCUCCAGCCAUCAUGAUCAACCUGGGCACUGAGGACCUUGAGAAAUCAAUCAAGUUUUAUACCGCCCUCGGAUUCGUCCAGAACAAGAACUGGCCCUACGAUCAGAUCGUGGCCUUCCGCUUCCUAGAGCCGAACAACAACCUUGGCCUUGUGAUUGCCCACAAGGAGCGCCUCGCUGACUUCCUCCGGCCGGGAACCCAGGUCAUCGACGCAAAGACCUCCACUGAGGUUAUCUUGACCCUGCUUCUCAAGAAUAAAGAGGAAGUUGACAGGGUCACCGAGCUUGCCGCUGCUAAUGGCGGCGUGGCUGACCCAUUCCACGAAGAGAACAACGGCGCUCACUUCAGUAUCUACAUUCGGUCUUUUGCCGAUCCUGAUGGCCACAUGUGGGAGGUGAACGCGGAUAUUGAUGGCGCUGUAGCAUGGGACGGCCACUACCCCAAGGGUCGCAAGUUUUGA